GGUAGCGGCGCUCCCUGAGGAGGAUGGAGGGGUCGAAGCGGGAGUUGCGCGUCCUGCUGGCGUCCCUCUCGGGGGAGGCGCGGGGCUCCCUGCGGGAUGCAGCUUGCGUCCGGGUGAGCAGGGGCCAGGACGCUCUCGGCAGUCUCCUGGUCUCCGGUGGGAUCUACCUGGAGUCCCUGGUGCCGGGCGGAGGUGGCCGGGCUCGGGGCAGCGUCCUCCCGGGAGACUGGGCUGACUUCAUGUGGGAGAGCACAGAAGAUGAUGAUCUGCAGGCAGACAAGACCAAAAUCCUGGCUUUUAGUAAAAAUCAUGAGCUGUUUGUCUAUGAAUUCACUCUAGAAGAUGGAAAACACAACCCAGUUGCCCUGCACAGUUGUAAAGAAGAUGCACUAAAAAAGCACCUCCAAGUGAAAAACAUCAGUCUGUCUGCAAUUUUCUCUGUGAGGAUACUGUCUUUUGGCAACAACAAAUGCAGACUUCUGCUCAACAAGGUUAUCAUUGUGCAGCUUACCUUUCCUGGGAGAGACUCACCCUUAGAGACCUGUCACUGCUUUGCCCUUGAUUUGCCUCCACAAAUUUUGGACAGGGUGACAGACACAGACUUCUGCAGGGGGAUCCUGUUCCUGCUGGAUAGUUCUGGCUGGAUUUAUGUCUUUGACUCUUUUGAUGGAGCAAAUCUGGCAAAGGUGAACGUGGCACUCUGCCAGGGAGGCGUGGAGGAUGGGGACGGGAGCGCAGGCAUCGCGUCGCCGCUCAGCGCCCUGAAGGUGUCGCACGACCUCAGCACUGCUGUCGUCGUCACUUCUUCCAACUCUGCCCUCCCAGUGGAUCUAAACAUCUACUUCAGGCAGUUCCCUGGGCAUUUGCUCUGCAAGAGAGAUGGUGAAGCUCUUCCAAUGAAACCUCCUGAAGGACUUGAUGAGGAUGAUCUUGCUAGCUCCGACUACAGCAUGGAGCUUCUGUCGCUGCCGUUCCGCACAGACAGGUCCUGGAAGGCACACUUAGCCUCACUCUCUGAUAGAGUAAGGAGAGGAAGACCAGGUUCUUCAAACUCAGUGACUGACUUGAAUUUACCCUGGUACCAGUUUUUUACCCACCUGGAGGACCAUGACCCUGAAAUCUAUGAAACUCCUGAGAAGAUGUUGGCUUUUGUUCCCCGGGUUGUCUCAUGGGCCCCUUCCAGCCCGGGCCAGAGCGAUGGGAUGAGGCAGCAGUGGAAACAGAUCCCCCCAGGAGCACCACAGGAAGUGGGGCACCUGGAGUGUAAACUGGUCACUGGAGUUAAAGCCCUCUUUGUGGUGGUCACAGCUGACAGGGGAUUGACUCUUGCUCUGUGGGAUUUCGAGUCAGGAGAUGUGACCUAUUACCACUUCAGCAAAACCAGUGUUUAUGUGGAUUGCAGUGCAGAGGUGCCAACAUGUCUGCUUCUGACAGAGGAUGGUCUCUGCUUAGUCCUGUUUGGUUUAACUCAGGAAGAGUUUCUGAACAGGCUGAUGAUCUACGGCAGCGCUGGAGUGGUCGAUGCCCUUUGUCAUCUCAACGGGUGGGAGCGGUGCUCAAUUCCAAUGCAUGCACUGGAGGCAGGUUUGGAGAACCGUCAGCUGGACACAGUAGAUCUAUUUCUGAAGAGCAAAGAAAAUCUCUUCAGUCUGUCUGCAGCCUGCUCUGGAGCUGACCAGCCUCCUGCCAGUGCAUCCCAGGCUUACCUGCAAAAUUUGGAAGAGCUGAGGCCAGCUCUGAAUCUGCUUUGCUCAGCAAUCAGAGAAAAUGAUCUGGAGCCUCACAGCAAACAAUUCUCUGAGCAGCUGCUGCACCUCACCUUGACUUUCCUUACCAAGCAGCUGGAAGACAUUUUUGUGCACACAGAAGAACCUGAUGGAUUCCUGCAGAGAGGGGCAGAUAUUUUAACUGAUUACAUCAUUAAGCUGAGGAAGUUCCUGAGGAAAUACCCUCGCCCCCACAGGAGCACAGUGCAGGCAGGACGAGGGGAGCUGGAUGAGGACCUGCUUUUGGUAGAGGAAAGACAGAAGUGGGAAAAGCUGACAGCAGAGGAAGUCAUUGCCGAGGCCAUCUUAAGCAACAGAAUGCCAGAGGCCCAGAUCUUCUUCCAAACACAGCAGCAUCCUGCUCAAAGCCUUCCAGAGUUUAUUCAGACAGGGUUGAACUUGGUCUAUGACUGUCUUCUGAAGGACAACACCAGAGAGGCCUGUGAGCUGUUAAGGAAUAUGGGCUUUGAUGUGCAGGAGGAAUUGCAUAAGAUCUGUUUCUACACAGCUGACAAACCCAUUCGAGACCUGUUGGUGAAAGUCUUGCAAGAAGAGAAUUACUUUUCUGAGAAAGAGAAGAAAAUGAUAGAGUUUGUGCAUCAGGUUGAAAGCUGUUACUGGGGGUCCUUCCAAGAGAACCCAGAGAUGCAAUCUCUCUCCAGUUUCAGGAGCUGGAGGAAGGAGCAAGACUUUUCCAGGCAUGCAGAUGUUCUGGACUCACUGCUGAGUGGUGACAGGCACGGGGUUCCCAAGAGGAGAGUCAAAAUCAUGUUGAACUGGGCUCAGUGGUGGGAUGAGCUGGUGCAGGAAAUGAUUCUUCUCCCCAAGAGGCCACGUCAAGACCUCAAGACCUGCAAUCCUGAAGUUCUCUGGAUGCACUUGACAGCCCAGCAUGAUUGGCCUAGUAUUUGCUCAUGGGUUGAAGAAUGUGAUCCCAGCCAGCCCACGUGUGGACAGACUCCCUGGCCUCCUCUGACUCCAGCCAUUAUUGACCAGAAGAUGCUGUGCAGUAGCUACAUGAGAAAUGAUAUUUUAAACAAGCUGGCCAGAAAUGGCAUUUUUGUCUCUUCUGAGCUGGAGGAUUUUGAACUUCUGCUCCAAAGACUGUCUUACCUCGGGGGAGUGCUGCAAAACCCUCACCCUGUGCUGAAAUACAGUGCUGCAGGUGCCUUGGACUUCCAUGCUCGCUUCAUCCUCCACUGUUUGGAGCAUAAUUUGCAGUAUCUGUUGUACACCUACUUGGACUAUUACAGCUUAACUCCUUCAAAUUGCCCUCUUUUGGAGAAUAAGGAACUGCAUGAAGCUCAUCCCUGGUUUGAAUUCCUCGUGCAGUGUCGAGGGGUUGCCAGUAACCCCCGAGAUCCAAAGAUGAUUUUCCAGGCCAGUCUAGCAAAUGCUCAGAUCCUGAUCCCCAGCAACCAAGCCAGUGUGAGCAGCAUGCUGCUGGAGGGACGGACUCUGCUAGCCCUGGCUACUACAAUGUAUGCUCCUGGAGGCAUUGAUCAGGUUCUUCAGAAUGAAGAUAUGGAAAAACCUCUAAAGAAAGUGGAUCCCCAGCUCUUAAAAAUGGCCUUGACUCCUUACCCCAAGCUAAAAGCUGCUCUCUUUCCCCCCUCUACUUCCCAUGGAAUUCUGCCACCUGACAUCUCUCUUUACCAUCUUGUUCAGUCAUUGGCACCCUUUGAUCCUGCUAAAUUAUUUGGCUGGCAAUCCACAAAUACUCUUGCUGUAUCAGAUGCAUCCAGUGACUUCCCUCAUUUUUCCUCCCCUGAGCUGGUGAACAAAUACGCCAUCAUGGAGCGACUGGAUUUUGGGUACUACCUGCACCACGGGCGCCCAGCCUUUGCUUUUGGCACAUUCUUGGUCCAGCAGUUGGUAAAGAGCAAAUCCCCCAAACAGCUGAUUCAGCAAGCAGGGAAUGAAGCCUGUGUUUUAGCUCUCUCCUCCUUCAGUGUACCUGCAGUAGGAGCAGCCUGUGUGUGCUUCCUGGAGUUGCUGGGUCUCAGCAGCCUCAAGCUCAGGGUGGAUCUUAAAGUUGCCAACAUGAUUUUCAGCUACAGGACUCAAAAGGAAGACUCUCAGCACAGUCCAAUACGAGAAUCUUUGGUUGAGAAGUUAACAAAACUGGCUGAUGGUGAAAAAGCAGCAGCAGAAGAAGUUCUUACCUCCUUAGAAGAAGCCUUUUGGGAUGCAGUUGAGCACCAAGGAAUAAAGAAGACCUCUUGUGACUCUAGAAGGCAGUGGGCAUUGGUAAUGCAGUUCUGUAAAGUCCAUAACAUCAGCCUGAGUACCUCCUACCUAAAGGAGUGUGCCAAAGCCAACGACUGGCUGCAGUUCAUCAUCCAAACCCAGCUGUACAGCUACCAGCCAGAUGAGGUCAUGUCCAUCCUUCAAGGUUUUACUCCUGUUUUACAAGACCACUUGAUGUUGGCAUUGGAGAAGUUACCAAUUUUGAGCCCUGACAAAGGGGUGUUGAGGAGCAAAUAUGCAGAUAGCCUCUUUCAGAUCCUCCUUCAGUGCCAGGGGAACUCCAACCCUUCAGGUUAUCUUCUGACUGAAGGCCUGAGGCAGCAUGCUCCCAUUCUGAGUGUUUUAGCAGCCUGCUUCCAGGAUGCAAACAUCAUUCAUUGCCUCUGUGUUUGGAUAAUUACUACUGUGGAUGAUACUAGCAGAGCUGAAGCCACAAACCAUAUCCAAAGCUCAUCAGAAACCCACAGCUGGGAUCUUCAUGACCUCUCAGUUAUCUGGAAAGUCUGUUUAAGAAAGCAGAAAACCAAAACACUUCUCAAUGGCUUCCAACUCUUUUUAAAGGAUUCCCCUUUACUGCAUAUCCUGGAGAUGUAUGAGCUGUGCAUGAGCUGUAAGAAAUACAAUGAAGCUAAAAGCCAACUGGAGAAGUUUCAGGACAGUCUCAGCAAACUCAAAGCUGAAGAGGAACCAGCAGCUUCAGAAUUGCCUGUGCAGUGGUUGGAAUCCCAGGCACUGUUUCUUCUUGAGUUGAUGAUGCAGCAAUGUAGAACAGAGUAUGAACUGGGAAAGCUCUUACAGCUCUUGGCUGCAGCAGACAGUCUCCUGCUUGAUGGUCCUUAUGUGAGGAAGCUCUGUGCACUGAGUGAGACCCUGAAGGACUCCUCCAUCGCCAUCAAUCGCUCCAUCCUAACCAGUUACAGCAUGGACACCUUCCAGAGGGAGUGCAGGUCCAUUCUGGAGCAGCUGCAAGAGAAAGGGCUGUUCUCUCUGGCUCGGGAGGUAGCAGCUCUGGCUGAGCUGCCCAUGGACAACAUAGUGACACGAGAGGUUCUAAGAGACCUGCACCGACUGAGAGACGUUGGCCAGUGGCACCAAAACCAGACAAGAGUUGAGUUCUGGAGGAAAUGCCAUGACAGCUUCAUGAAGAAUUCCAUCUCCAGCCAAGCUGCAUCUGAUUUCUUUUUUGAUCAGGCAAACACAGUGUUUGAAGCCUUAGGUCAGGAGAAGAUAAACAGCAUUAUGGAGAGACAUCUCUUGCUCACCCUCACUGGCCACUGGCUGGCCAAGAGUGACUCGGUGCCACUGCGCAGGUUAGAGGAGAUUGAGAAGCAGAUCUGGAUCUGUCACAUCACACAACAAAUCCUCUCCACAGAUCAGGGGACAGGCAAGACCAGAUUUCCCUCCCAGGCUGCAGUGAACAGAGAUCUUACCUUUGACAGCUUAGCCAAGGAGUUUUCCUUCUCCAAGCUCCCUGCUCUGAACACACUGAAGUACUUGCAGCUGGAGGGUCUUGCAUUCAGAGAGGCUCAACAGACCUUGACUAGUGAGGAGGAGGAAGCCCUCAGGUUCCUGAUUGGGUCUCUUCUGGAUGAAGGAAGCGUGCAUGAAGCCAGCCGUGUGUGCCACUACUUCCAGUUCUACAGCAGAGAUGUUUCACUGGUGCUGCACUGCAGAGCUCUGGCCUCAGGGGAGGCUGAGCUGGACAAACUCCACACAGAUAUCCAGGCUCUGCUGGCAGCCAGGGAGAGGACACCUGACAGCAGUUCAUCUCAGCAGGGCAGAGUCCCCAGCACAACCAGCUUAGAAGACUGGACACCCGUUGGGGCUCCACCUCUGGAUGAUCAAGUUGUUUCCAGCCUGAAGGCUCUCACAGAUGAAUGUGUCCAUGGCAGAAACUACUGCAGGCAGGUUCUCUGUCUGUAUGAGCUUUCCAAGGAGCUGAACUGCUCCUACAGUGAAAUGUCAGCCCAUGACCCCGAGAAGGUGCUUCGGGCCAUCCUGUCCUCCCGUCGGCCAGACAGGUGCAGGAAGGCUCAGGCCUUCAUCAGCACACAGGGGCUGCAGCCUGCAGCUGUGGCAGAGCUGGUGGCUGAAGAGAUCAUGCAGGAGCUGUUGGCAUCUUCAGAAGGGAAAGGACAGAAACAGGUUUCAAACCCUGCAUCUGAGAGCCAGACAUUCCUGCAGCUGGCUAAGCUCUGCCAGGAUCACACACUGGUUGGCAUGAAGUUACUGGAUAAAAUUUCCUCAGUGCCACGUGGGGAACUGUCCUGCAUUACAGAGCUGCUGAUCCUGGCCCAUAACUGCUUUAGUCUGACGUGCCACAUGGAAGGCAUCACGCGAGUGCUCCAGGCGGCGCGGCUGCUCACGGAUCAGCACCUGGCCCCUAACGAGGAGUAUGGACUGGUGGUUCGGCUUCUCACGGGGAUUGGCAGAUACAACGAGAUGACCUACAUAUUCGAGCUGCUGCAUGAGAAGCACUACUUUGAGGUGCUCAUGAGGAAGAAGUUAGACCCGAGCGGGACACUGAAGACAGCCCUGCUGGACUACAUCACGCGGUGCCGGCCCGGGGACAGCGAGAAGCACAACAUGAUCGCCCUCUGCUUCAGCAUGUGCCGCCAGAUCGGCCAGAACCACCAGGCCGCCGCCGCCGUCCAGCUCAAGCUCAUCGAGUCCCGGCCCUGGGAGGAGUCUCUUCAGGACAUCACAAACCUGAAGAAGCUGCUGAUGAAAGCUCUGACUCUCUUCAUUGACGCAGCAGAAAGUUAUUCUAAGGACUCCUGUGUCCGGCAGUCGCUGCGCUGCAGGAGCCUGACAAAGCUGAUCACCCUCCAGCUGCAUUUCCUCAACUCUGGCCAGAGCACCAUGCUGAUCAACCUGAGCCAACAGGACCUGAUGGACUCCAUCCUCUCCUUGCCUAGAUUCUACCAGGCAGCCAUCGUGGCUGAAGCCUAUGAGUUUGUUCCAGACUGGGCUGAAGUUCUCUAUCAGCAAGUGAUCACCAAGGGAGACUUCACUUACUUUGAAGAAUUCAAACAACAAAGACCACUGAAGCCAAGCAUUUUUGAGGAGAUUGCCAAGAAAGUCAAGCAGCAGCCCCCUUCUGAGGCUGCUCUGAAGAACCUCAAGCGCCUGCUGGCUCACUGUGAGGACAUCUACACCUACUACAGGCUGGCCUACGACAACAAGUUCUACGACGUGGUCAACACGCUGCUGAAGGACCCCCAGACUGGCUGCUGCCUCAAUGACAUGUUGGCAAACUAGACCCCAGCCACCAUGGAGCACAGACUGGCCUUGAGAGCACCACUGCCACCAGGUCCUGCAUGGUUAGUCCUGCUUCUCUGACAGCUGUUGGCUCACAGUGGUUGCUGCUAGGUGAAGGUUACUCCACAAGAACUGGUGAUGGUUGUAAAUCGUUAA